GUGAACCUUCAAUCUCUGUUGAAUAAAUUAGGGACUUGUUUUUCAGGGAGAUCAGUAGUUCAGUGAGUCUCUGCCGUUUCAACUGAUUAAGGGAAAACGUUUAAAUUACUUGCUUAGAUUUGUUAUUUGUGGUAUCAAUAAGGUGACACUUUGCCUGGGAAAUACUUAAGUACUUAGAUUUGUAUGUAUGAAAUUGAUAUUUGCUACUUUAUUUUAAAUUUUCUCAUUUUUCUAAACCAUAAUUACUCAUUUUUAACGUUUUUUAUUUUCGUUAGCAUCGUAUGAGAUUCAUACAAAUAAAACUACUAUUGUGGAAAAAUGCUAUCUUGAUCAAGAGAAAACCAUGGGUGACUCUAUUGCAGAUCCUCCUACCUUUGGUCCUUUUCCUCGUCCUACUCGCAGUGCGACUAAAGCUGCCUCCUGUCAAUGUUUCAGAUAAGUACUACUACGCGAAGCCGAUGCCCUCAGCAGGAUACGUCCCCUUUAUACAGUCCCUGAUGUGUGACCCAAUUAGUGGCCGACCUGAGAUCAGACUGGAGCAUGCGUCACCGUACAAAAAGUACUCUGGAGCUAGCAUAUACCCGAUGAUAUCCCUGAUAGACGCAACAGUACAGCUAACUGAUACUUACUCCUUACUCACUGAGUAUCACACUACAAUGCUUAAAGACAUGUUCAACAUUACUGAUACGGACGAUGUUGAGGCUGUGAAGGAGGGAAUAGCUCGGUCGUGGGAGAAUGUUGUUGACAACUCUUCUGGUCUGAUACCAGCCUCAUUUACCAAUUCAUCAGAUCCCCUUUUACCGGUGUAUAAGCUUUACAAGAGAGACCUGGCGUCCAUGUUAACUGCACCUUACGAUGAAGUAGAACCACACGAGCUUGUAGACGAAGUAUACCCAGAUCCGACAGAUGAAAUCCCUAUUUACAAAGAUCUGAAAAACAAAGCCUCAGCCCUUGACCCUAUGCAAGCUCAAGCAGCCCUCAAGAAAAUGUUAAGCGGAAACGUGGACAAGGAGACGGCAUACAAAGCGGAAAAUAGUAUGGAAAUAAUGAUGAAGGAGUAUUUUAAACACAAAUAUGUAAAUAAAGGAAGUCACAGUGAGAGUAUUCACACAGACAAAUUGCAGCAGUACUUGUGUAAUGACCCAGCACUCAAAUCAGACCAGGAUAUCCAGUAUAUGUGCCGUAUUAUGGCCCACAAGGGAAAAACUAGCCUGCAGUCCCUGGACCUGGACCUGCUCUCAAUGGAAGUGAUGGUAGCCAGUCAGGGAAUUAACGAAAAAACAAAGAUGGUCAAGUUUGAUUUACAGGCUCUGAAACUCUCUAACAAGACCCGUUACAUUCAGGGUAUGUUGUGUGGUAGAGACCCUUCAGCAAUAGACCCCACAGACGAAGAGACCAGGACUCUGGGAGUGAAGCUGAAGCUGUUAUCUGACUUCAAACACGCCAAGAUAACCUUCUCUCCUGACACCCCUCCUGUCAGGAAUAUCAUUACCAAGAUGAACGCUACAUUCGAGACAGCAGUAAAGUUACGCAACUUUUCCGAGCAUUGGGUGGUGAGUGCCCCGCUCGUGCAGCAGUGUCUACAGAGUGUCAAUACGGAGAGUGUUACCUUGUUACUGCUCCUAGAUCGAGUAACUGAUUGCUACCUAGAGAACCCUUUAGUGGUCCCUGAGGAGCUACAGCCUUGGUUCAACAAGUUCACCCGGCAACAGAGAGCUCUCAGGAACAUACUCAAAGUGGUACAAGCGUUUUAUGAGACUGGCAGCAGCUCUGGCAGCUUCGCUAACUCCCUACUAGAACUACACCCAGUGUUGCAGACUGUCGUGUCUACUAACCAACUCAGCAGUGAUAUCAACCUCAUUACUGAUCACCUCAAGCUCUAUAUCCACCACACAAACGAUAUAGACUUUGAUGUUUUCGUCCCUUUCAACGACACAACAGUGAUGGAACAGUGGAUAAAAGCGAGUGAAUCUGUAGUUUGGGCUGGCAUAGUGUUUACAAAUGUAAACUCUACCCUUCCUCCUCAUAUUAGAUAUACGCUACGCAUGAACGGAGAACUGAAGGUGGGUACUGGGGAGAUAGCAGAGAGGUUCUGGUCCCCUAACCCUCUUAAUGGCUUCUCUCACAGACGCUACGAGUGGUCCGGCUUUGUCUUCCUGCAGGAUAUAGUAGACAGGUCAAUAAUCGCACUACAAGAAGAGAGGGCGGGGAUCACUACCACUCAAGUUCUACCUGCCAGUUACAUACAGGAAAUACCUUACCCUUGUCAUUGCUGGGACGCGUUUCUGAAGAACUCAAUAAUGGUACUACCCAUGGCUCUGUGUGUAAGCUUCAUCUACAGCGUGUGUGUUAUUGUGAGGAACGUGGUUCAUGAGAAGGAGAUGAGAAUAAGGGAGGCCAUGCAACAGAUUAACUUAUUACAGAUGGGUCUGAGUAACUCAGUGCAUUGGUGCUCGUGGUUCAUUACUAGUAUGCUGCAGAUGAGUCUAACAUCUACAAUGCUUGUAGCCAUCCUGUUCUUUGGUAACAUACUGCGUCACAGUGACCCACUGUUGCUAUGGUUAUUCUUUCACGCUGGAGCGUUAGCAACCGUCAGCUUCUGCUUUCUGCUCAGCGUUUUCUUCAGUGAAGCGAAGUUGGCAGCAGCAGGUUCAGGACUAGUCUACAUUGUGAUGUAUCUGCCAUACACGUGCAUCUCUCAGAGUGACGGAGGCGUGGGUAACUGGGGCAAAUCUGUAGUGAGUUUGUUUAGCACGAGUGCGUUUGGCAUGGGUACGGAGUACAUAGUGCGAUUCGAGGAACAAGGAGUGGGACUGCGUUGGCACACCCUCAAUCAGGGCGUGUUUCCCACAGACGAGUAUAACAUGGUGAAGUGUUUUCUCGCUCUGAUUGGAGAUGCUAUCAUAUACUUCCUUUUAGCGCUCUACAUUGAGGGUGUUUUCCCGGGGAGAUAUGGAGUGCCCAAACCCUGGUAUUUCCCGUUAAAGUUCAUGUUUUGGUGCAGACACCCCUCCCCCACCAGAAACAGGCACAACUCAUUCGAACUGCCAGGGCACACAUGUGAGGCGGACAUUGAGAGACCACCUGAUAAUGUCACGUGUGGUAUCUCUAUCUGUAACCUGACUAAGAAGUACAAGGGAAUGAGCCGCCCUGCUCUGAGUGGGCUAUCACUGGAUCUCUACGAGAAUCAGAUACUGACACUACUGGGCCACAAUGGGGCAGGUAAAACAACCACAAUGAGUAUAAUCAGUGGACUGUACCCUCCUACUACUGGCACUGCUACUGUUUACGGCAAAGAUAUCCGCAAAGAUAUGAAACAUAUAAGACAAGAUCUGGGGGUAUGUCCCCAAUUUAACGUUCUAUUCGAACACCUGACUGUGGAGGAGCACCUGUGGUUCUUUGCUAGUCUCAAAAGAACCCCGCCCUCUAAAGUAAGAGAAGAUGUGGACACUUUCAUGAAGAAUGUGGGGCUCGCUGAUAAAGCUGCCUGUUUCGCUAGUAACCUUUCUGGUGGCAUGAAAAGGAAGCUGUGUGUGGCGAUGGCGUUUGUGGGUGGAUCUCGUAUUAUCAUCUUAGAUGAACCCACAGCUGGGGUAGACCCCUGGUCUAGACGCAGCAUCUGGGAGAUGGUACUAAAACACAAGCAAGACAGAACCAUCCUCCUCUCCACUCACCACAUGGACGAGGCUGACCUGCUUGGAGACAGAGUCGCUAUACUUUCCCAUGGUCAACUACUGUGUUGUGGAUCACCACUGUAUCUGAAAUCACGAUUUGGACCUGGGUACUACCUCAAUAUUGAAAAGGAUUCUGGUGUGGAAAUUGAAGAAAAUCCAGAAGAUUUUGAAGACGAAGACAGUGGGUAUUUGGCAAGCGAGGUUCUGAAUUCUUCUACAACAGCAUCUGUCACUCUCUCCCAAGCGUCAGUGAAAAGUACAGAAACACGUGAUGCCCAUAUAAGGAGCGCCAAAUACAACCACUCCGAGUUGUCCAGGCUGAUAAAGACCUACGUGCCCCGAGCAACAGUGCACCACAAUAACGAUCAGGAGAUUAGUUACCUGCUACCUUGGGAGGCGUUCCAGAGGGGGGUGUUCCCGGACCUGUUCAAGGAGUUAGAUGGGAUGACUAGCGAGCUGGGGAUAAAGUGUUACGGGGUCAUGGACAGCACUCUGGAGGAGGUAUUUUUGAGCGUGGCUGAUGUUGAGAAACCUGGUGCUGAUAAGACUACUGGGUUGCUAGGCGACAACAGCUCUACCCAACUUCAGACUGAUUUGGAAGUUGAAGAGGGCGCUUACGAGGACUAUGCAAAGGACGAGCAGUAUGACGAGGGAGAGGAUGCGGGACUACUCCCCCUUAGUAAGCAGGACCUACCUCCCUCCUCAUUCUGCAGACAGAUACACGCUCAGAUACUAAAGAGGGUCCACCACACGCGGAGAGACUGGAUAGGUCUGGUCUUCCAGAUUAUUCUCCCUGCUGUAUUCGUCUCUCUUGCUAUGAUCAUUGCUUCUGCUCGACCCCACUUUGAUUCAAGUAAGCAGUUAGAGCUGACUGUCGAAAUGUUCAAACACCCUUAUUUCGUACCUUUUUCUGAUAACUCUACUAAUGGAACCUCUAGACUGGCAGAACUGGUGGGCUACCCUGCAGGUCCCUGGGCACCUGAUAUCGACGCAGAGGUUAUGGCGCUCAACAACUUCACAGCUCCGAAACACACUGCCGAAAUGAAGUUCCCGUGGCAUCAUUACUACAACAGUCCUAUCGGAGCAUGCGGUGACAACCUCUACCCGGAGAUACCUACCAUGUUGGAGUUCAGUUCGAUUAGCGGAUACACAUUGCAGAACUUGACUGGCUGGAAUUUAGAGAAGUUUUUAGUGCAGACCAACAUGAAAUACGUCUUCCGGAGAUACGGGGCCCUAACGUUCGGAGAAUCCCACAACGAUCUGAAGAAGUACGCUCCUAAGAACUGGACGGAGAGCAAUCUGCCAGGGUGGGGGGUUUACAACCCCUACACGGCUAAGGCGUGGCACAGUUACCGGGGCACUCACGCUCUUCCUACUUACCUGUCUGCUGUCAAUAAUCUCGUACUUAGGAGUGCUCUUCCAGCAGAUUGGAAGAACUUGUCAGAGUACGGAGUAACAGUAACCACCCACCCACUACCUAACAACGGCUCCCUAGCUGAUGUUUGGGAGUUACUGGACGAGGAGAGUUACGAUCUGGUUAUCAGCAUGUUUAUUAUCAUCGCUCUUAGCUUCGUUCCUGCUAGUUUCGUACUCUUUCUAGUCAGUGAGAGAUGCUCUAGUUUGUACCUGCUAGAAUGCAUCUCCGGAUCCCGUAUAUUCCCGUACCUCCCUCUCUGCAGAUGCUCUAGUUUGUACCUGCUAGAAUGUAUCUCCGGAUCCCGUAUAUUCCCGUACUGGAUGUCUAACUUUCUGUGGGACCUGGUCUCCUUCACCGUCGCUAACUGUGGGUGCAUACUGGUGAUUGUUAUAUUCCACUCUCCCUCCUUCUCCAGUGCGGAUAACAUUCCCGCUACAUUUGUUAUGUUCACUCUCUACGCCUGGUCCAUCACUCCCCUCAUGUACAUAUUCUCUAAGACGUUCAGCGAGCCGAACAACGCAUACGUAGUGAUGAUCUGCCUCAACACUUUCUGCGGAAUAACCACUACUCUCAUCACCUUCCUUAUAGAGUUCCUUGCCCCUAAUGACAUAGGAAUGAUAAGUAUUAACAAUAUCCUGAAGUACGUGUUCCUGGUAUUCCCCAAUUACUGUCUAGGUAGAGGCAUCAUGGACCUGGCUGCUAACCAGUUCGCUAACGACCUCCGGGUCAUGUACGGGUACCCGAAGAUAUCCCCGUGGAACUGGGAUUUGAUUGGACGGAACCUCACAUUCAUGGGAGUUACCGGAGUUAUCUACAUAGUCCUACUCUGUAUCAUGAGUAUACCUAGGAAGGGGAGGCGACGGAAUGUGCCUAAUGUUAACAAGGAUUUGGAGGACGAGGAUGUCAGAACUGAGCGAAAAAGGACGAUCUGCUCUUACGGGUAUAACGACAUUCUCAAGACCCAGAACUUGUGCAAAGUCUUCGGAAAGAAACACAUUGCAGUUAACAGACUGGCUUUCUCGGUCGCUCCUGGAGAGUGUUUCGGUUUACUGGGUAUAAACGGAGCUGGAAAAACAACAUCCUUCAAAAUGCUGACUGGAGAAAUUACACCUUCUAAUGGAGACGCGGUAGUAUCCCAAAUGAGUCUGUGUCACCAGAUAAGUACCACUCGCAGACAAAUGGGAUACUGUCCCCAAACAGAUGCUCUUCUACCCACACUCACUGCCUACGAGACUCUUGCUCUGUUCGCUAGAUUGAGGGGUAUACCGGAGUGUCAUAUUGACAACAUGUCAAGGAAGGAAGGUAUGUUCGCUAGAUUGAGGGGUAUACCGGAGUUUCAUAUUGACAACAUGUCAAGGAAGAUAAUCAGAACAGUAGGCCUGACCACGUGGGCGUCACGACCAUGUGGUACUUACAGUGGGGGCAACAAGAGGAAACUAUCAGCUGCUAUUACUCUGGUGGGAGAGCCUAAACUCAUCCUCAUGGAUGAGCCGACAGCGGGCAUGGACCCUGGGGCUAGGAGGGCUCUGUGGGCAGUUAUACAGGCUCAGAAGCGGAAAGGCAAGGCAGUAGUGAUAACCUCCCACAGCAUGUCCGAGUGUGAGGUGUUAUGUAGUAGAAUAGGAAUUAUGGUAGCAGGACGGUUACGGUGUCUGGGCAGCUCUCAGCAUCUCAGAGAUAAGUAUGGGAAUGGAUACGUUAUCCAGCUGAAACUCAACCCUCAGGAGUACAACCUGCAUAAGGUAAAAACCCACAUGCAAGUUCACCUACCCGGCUCAGUACUCAAAGAAGAGAACUACUGCAACCUGAGGUACGAGAUAAAACAGAACAAAUGCCAGGUAGCUGACAUCUUCACCGUCAUGCAGCGAGCUAAGCCCAUUCUGGGACUGCUCGACUACGCUGUCCAUCAGACAAACCUCGAGCAAGUUUUUAUCAACUUCGCUCAAAUUGAAACACCUGAUAACAUCGACGAUGAACUUUUGUGUUUGGAAGAAAACGUGGUUACACCGUCAAAUCUUCAACUUUCUUUAGACUAACCGUUUAAGGUUUUAAUGUCAAAAUAUCGACUUUUUAACUUGUUUUUAGAAUUUUUAAUUCAUAAUUGAAUUGUUAUGUCAAUGAUGUUAUAUUUUAUUGUAUAGUCGACAUUUUAAAUGAUUUGAAUUUAAUUGGGUUUUGCAUUG